AUGAGUCACAAAAUAAAAGAAAUAAGAGAGGCUCUAGAUGAGAUCCAAGAAAAUAGAACCUUUAGUUUAGAGGUUCGCUAUGAAGAAAAAGAAUUAGUCUCACCUAUAUCAAGAGAGAGUCACUCGUACGUACGUGAAGAAGAAGUCACUGGGAGGGAUGAUGAUAGAAAGGCAAUACUAGAAUACCUGGUGAAUGUUGAAACUAUUGAGAGUGUCUCCUUCAUUGCCAUAGUUGGUAUUGGAGGAUUAGGAAAAACAACACUUGCCCGACUUGUUUACGAUGAUGAUGUAGUCAAAAAGCAUUUUGAUCUAACACUUUGGGUGUGUGUCUCAGAUGCCUUUGAUUUGAAAUCAGUCAUUGGAAAAAUUAUCAAAUCUGCAUCCAAUUGGAGCAUAGAUCAAAACCUUGAGCUAGAUCAGCUUCAAAGGCGCCUUCGACAAAAAAUAGAUGGGAAAAAGUACUUUCUUGUACUGGACGAUGUCUGGAAUGAGGAUUCCACAAAAUGGGAUAGCUUGAGUAGCCUGUUAAUGGGCGGUGCAAGAGGUAGCAGAGUUCUAGUAACCACACGUAGUGAAAAAGUUGCUAGGGUAACCCGUCCAUUUCAAGUAUAUCAUUUAAAGGUUCUAGACCAAGAUAAGUCUUGGUCUUUAUUUGAAAAACAGGCUUUUGGGCAAAGGCUAGAUAUUGAGAAAUCUGAUUUCGUGGCCUUAGGAAAGGAAAUUGUAGAAAAAUGCAAAGGACUUCCUCUGGCCAUAAAAUCAAUAGGGAGCAUAUUGUACUUCAAAACCUCAAAAGCUGAUUGGUUGUUUUUCAAAGACAAUGAGCUUGCUAAAGCAAUUCGGCAAGAAGAUAAUAUUAUUAUACCCACACUCAAGUUGAGUUACAAUCAUCUCCCUUCUUAUUUGAAACAUUGCUUUGCUUACUGUAGUUUGUUUCCAAAAGAUCAUGAGUUUGAGGUGCAAAUGUUGAUAAAAUUGUGGAUGGCACAAGGUUUUAUUAAGGCAGACCAAAACCAAUGUCUAGAAGAUAUUGGUUAUGGAUAUUUUUUGGAUCUACUUUGGAGGUCCUUUUUUCAAGAAGCAACGAAAGAUGAAUGGGGUAAUAUCUGGAGCUGCAAAAUGCAUGAUCUCAUGCAUGAUGUUGCAAAUUUAGUGGCUGGUAAAGGUAGUGUCUUAAUAGAUAAAGAUUUUAUCAAUUUUGAUGAAAAUCUUGUUCAUGUAUCUUUUCCUGAUCUUUCCGUAAACAAUACAGUAUCAUUUUUGAAAAAUGUAUCGCCCUUGCUUAGGCGAAAUUAUAAGUUGCGGACAUUUUAUUCUCCUCCUUUUAUAAAAAAACCUUGGUAUGAUUCGGAAUCUGAUUUGGAAUCAGUACUGACAAAUUGUAUGGGAAGUUGUUUUAAGUUAUUACGGUCUUUGGCAUUGGGCAGUUUUCGUUCUGUGAAGAAGCUACCCAGUAGUUUGGGUGAAUUAAAACAUUUGAGAUAUCUUGAUCUUUCGCAUUUUGAUGAAAUCCAAGAGCUGCCUAAUUCUAUCACCAAACUGCAGAAUUUACAAACAUUGAAUCUUGAAGGGUGCCGGAAGUUAUCAAGUUUGCCAAAAGAUAUACAUAAAAUGGUGAGCCUGAGGCAUCUUUUGUUGAUUGGUUGUCGUAGUUUGAGUCAUAUGCCAUGUAGACUUGGAGAACUGACUUGCCUUCAAACAUUAAAUAUGUUUGUUGUGGCUGCUGAUCGUGAUAUCAAACAGUCGAGGAGGCCGAGGAGAAAGAAUAUGAGUAUUGGUGAGGUUGGCGAACUACGCAACCUUAACAGCCUGAGAGUAUUACGGAUUGAAAAUUUAAGACCUGAUAUUGAAGGAUCAGAGAAUUCAAAAUUACAGGAGAAGCAACAUCUAGAAGAAUUAACUUUAUCUUAUUCUUUGAAGUUUGAUGGUCAUAUUGAUGAUCAUACUCUUGUGGAAAAAUACGAAAAGUCGUUAAAAUUGUUGCAGCCACAUCCUAAUUUAAAAACGUUGUUGGUUAGGAUUUACAUGGGAGAGGGACUUGCAAGUUGGGUUACGUCACUUAAUAAUCUUGUUCAAUUAAGUAUUUGGGGGUGCACCAAUUUGAAAUCGUUGCCAGAAGCUAUGGGCAACCACUCAUCACUCCGACAUCUUAGUAUUUGGGGGUGCCCCAAUUUGAUUUCAUUGCCAGAAGGCCAGAUGCUACGCGCUUUAAGGAGAUUGACCAUUAUCUCCUGCCCAUUCUUAUUACAAAGAUAUAAUAAAACAUCUGGUGAGGACUGGCCCAAGAUUGCCCACAUUCCAAAUGUUGAAAUCUAUUGAUCAGGACUUCAUAUUCUACAGUUGAGCUGUGCAGCAUUUGGAAGAGAUUGGAUUGCUUGCAAGCCUGAAAACACAAAACCGUAUCUGCCAUGAAAGCUCUACUUCUUGUUGAUGCAAAGGAGAAGCAGACACAAAAGUUUGAAAGUUUGCUUGAGAAGCUUCAGGAUGCCAUAUAUGAUGCUACUAAACUUGGUGGAAGAGUUUCACACUUCAGCUCUCUGGCAUAGAUUGUUAUCAGUUUGGGAAUAAAAUGGCAAAGCAGAUAAGCAUUUUCUUCUCAACCUCAAAUCAAGAUCGGUCAUAACUCAUAACGAAAAAGUUCGGAGGUGGACUAGCUGACUUCGAAGUGGGCCACGUGAAUAUUCAGCUGCUGAUAUCGGUGCUGUAGGGCUUAUCUUUAGCUUGAUGAAUGUGGAAAGCAGGCAAGUAUUCUGACUACUACUGUCUCUGGUGGUACAUGGCAUUAUGACAGUAUGACUAACCCCUGUUCUUGAAUUAUGUAAAUGGAUAGAAAAUAGGAGGUGAAUAUUCCAAAACUUUCGGCAUUUAGCACUAAAAUAUGCUGUUUCUUCAACUCUUGCCUGGCCUAGAGAAAUAUCAAGCACCAGGCAUAUCUUUCCUUCUAGGUUAAGUAAAUCAUUUCCUCUUUUGAAUAUUCCAAAGUUUAUUGUUUUCAAUAGUACACACAUACUUUUACCUUCUUCUUUUUCCCUAUGGUAUUUUAAAAUCUUCGAGCUUUGCUGUUAGAUUGACAAGUUGGAGAGUGAGGUAUACCUGAUUACAAGAAUAUGUUCCUGCGUAUUUUGUUUCUCUCUUUGAUACAAAGAUGUCAGGUUUCUACAGGUACAUCAUAUACAUAAGUCGCUUUUGGAAACUAAAUCAAUUUCCAUCCCCUACACUUACUUCGAUCUCCAUUGUUACAGGUUUUAUGGAGUUAAAUGUCUACUCUUUCUUGGAUUCCAUUGUAUCAUCAUCAAGUUCCUGUGUUGGCUUCGUAUGUUUAAGACUUGAGUUUUUAAGUUCGGUCAUCAAACAAUGCCGUUCAACCAAAAGGAAAAUAACUGAACCUUAAGAGAAGCAAUGCUUUUUGAAGCUGACUCGGCAAGAUUCUGUUUUUAACAUUUAGAGAUAUGCUGCAACAGAAGCUUUCAUUCUUGAUCCAUCGCCAUUGUUCUUCUUGUUUUUCAUUGUAACCUCUUGUACUUAGUUUUCUUCUCUUGGUAUUGUCUAGGAACAUUGCGGGUGAGUGUUUUGUGAGAAAGUGAGAGGGUGUAGAAGGGGUUUUGGGUUGGUUUAAGGGCCUAGAGAAAUCUAUACCAUGAGAAAGAAUGGUGUAUCAAGCUUUGUUCAUUGUGCUAAGAACUUCUUAGAAUGAGUUCACCAAGGA